AUGGCGAGCAUGACGCGCUCCGAGUCGGUCGUGGACCCGUCGUCGACGCCGACCCUGUCCGCAAAGACGCUGCCCGCCCUCAAUGGCGCCUCCUCAUCCUCGGCCUCGGGCCCGUCCGCGCCUGGCGCUGCGCUCACGCCUCUCAAGCCCGGCUCCAACCCCAAGCAGAGCGCCCCGCGCAUAGACAUCGAACCACUGUACACGGCCCUGAAGGCGCAGAUCGGGGAGCACUGGGCUGCAUACAAGGAAGCCAUCUCUUUGUUCGUGUUGGGCCGCCUCAACCAGCAGGAGCUUGGCCGCCGCAUAGACUGGUUCAUCGCCGUCGACGCCGCCCGCGAGCACCAGCACAACCAGCUCAUCGCCGCCAUCUAUGCAAAUACCACGCGCGACCCGCCCGAGCCUGGCGUCGCCAGCUGGGUCAGCGCCAACGACAAGCCCAGCGCGACGAGCAAGCCAAGCAGCGGCGAUGCUGCCGAGCUGCGCCUCAAGACCGAAGUCAAAGAGCUGCAGGGUCGCGAGAGGAAGCGCCUCAAGGCCAUACCCGAUGACCCGGCAGAUUAUUUCACCAAGGAGCUGCAGGAGUACCACGCCGCAAAGCAAAUAUCAUUACCAGACCCCGGCACCGCGUCGGCUGCUGGCUUCAGCAAAACCAAUUGGGACCUUGAGAUUCGGAAGCGCUACGCCCAACCGCUCUGCACCGAGACGUUCGAGUUUCCGGAUACGGCUGCCAUCGACGCGCGCAUGACCCCCAUAUGCUACGAAGAGGGCAUCGCGUCUGGGCCGUCGGCAGACGCAGCCUCUUUCAUGAAUAUCGCGACCGAGACGUUCAUCAAGGAAGUGCUCUCGAACAUUCUCGGCCGCGUGCGCAGCAAUGGCGACGACUACAUCAAGACGGCAUCGUACAAGAAGCAAUUACAGCUUGAGGAGGAGAGGUGGCUGCAGGGCGAAGUCCAGCGCAACCCGGCUGGCCUGCUUCCCGUCGAGGUCGAGGAGGGCAAGAACAGAAAACCGCUCAACAUGGGCGAUUUGCGCAUUGCCGUCGAGCUCGGCGACAGCUACCUCGGACAGGUUCCGCUCAUCACAGCCGGUGUCAUGAACGCCCGUUAUUAUGACGGUGAGAGCUACGAUGCAGAAAGGAUGGACAUCGACGACUACCGCGCGUCGACGAACAGCGCCGUGGCUGCCCGCCUGACCAACGGAACGGCCGCGAACGGCGUGAAUGGCGCCACCACCAACGGCGUACCUCACGAUCCGGACGAGAUGAUGAUUGACGACGACUGGGGUUGGCAGGGCGCAUCGGCAAAGGAUCGCGAAACACUCAAUUCCGUACUCGAUGACAUAUUGGCCGUAGGUCAAUAA